GAGUCAGAGACACAUCACUAUUUCUGAAUAAAAAAGACUAAAUCGUUCUAAAAAUGCGGCGUGGUGCUCUGGUAGUUUUCGAGGGUUGUGAUCGCUCAGGAAAAUCUACGCAAUGCAAGAAAUUGGUGGACUCAUUGCGAGAAAAUGGAUUGAAAGCUGAACUGAUGCGUUUUCCAGAGAGAUCUACAACCAUUGGAAAAGUGAUUGACAGUUAUUUGAAGAAGAGCAGUGAUGUUCAGGAUAAUGCAGUGCACCUAUUAUUCUCUGCAAACAGAUGGGAACUUGUACCAGAAAUGAAGAGGAAGCUUGGUGAAGGGGUGACGUUAGUGGUCGAUCGCUAUGCUUACUCAGGAGUAGCAUUCACAGCAGCAAAACAGGGUUUUACGUUAGAUUGGUGCAAGCAACCCGACGUUGGGAUCCCCCUCCCAGACCUUGUGUUGUACCUAGACAUCUCAAGCGAGGCAGCCGGGAGGAGAGGAGGGUUCGGCGAAGAGAGGUACGAGAAGUCCGACAUCCAGCUCAGGGUAGCCGAGAACUUCAAGCGCAUGCAGGAAGAUGACUGGAAGGUAAUAGAUGCUGAUCAAUCCAUGGAAGAUUUACACAGACAGAUUAAAGACCUAGUCCUGAAAGUCAUAGACCAGGAUCUACCUGAACUAGGAACAUUAUGGACCAAAAAAGACUGAUAUUUGAUGUCAUAUUUGAAAUGCAAUUUAAACUGUGAAAUUAUCAGCGUUUUCUAAAAGCGUCAUCAACCGCAACCUAAUCAGCAUUUAAUGUGCUCCAAUAUUACCAAUGCUUGGCAAUGCUAUCAUUUACAGUUCCAUUGGUAUUCAAAGAAUUUGUUCGUACUCUUUCACAUUCACACCUGGGUGGAGAGUGGCAGUGACGAUUUAAUGCCAUAUCAAAGGACAAAUUUUCCAAGGGGGAUUGCGAACUCGGAGUGUGAAACACAUAUUUUGGUUGUGUUGCUGCCAAGUCAAGACAUCUCUUCAUGCAAGCGUUGGUGACCCAAAGGCCGAAGGAUACAAUUGCAUUCCAAUCCUGAGAAUCCUUUCUGUCAAACAAUUAUUGUGAACAAUUGUAGUUUAGUCUUAUUACUCAAGAGUCCUGCAACAUGGAAGAUACUCUCAAUUGUACUUCCUCUUAAGUGAGACAUCGCAAGAAACUUCCAUUCAAUUGCAAAUCAAGUAUAAGUCCCAAAUCAAACGUAAUGGAGAGUUAAAUUGAAUGCCAAUCAACUACAAAUUUGUGUUACAUCAAAGGACUGGCACUUGAUUUCAAGACGGAUGCUUGAUUUACAAUUGAAUGUAAGUUUCUUUCACCACCCCUCAAG